AUGGUUGAAAAUUCAAGGGUUGUUACUUGCGGCUUCUUCGUCCGUGUCAAUCCGAAUGGCGGUGUGAGUUGCACGAAUAUUUGCAAAGGCCAAGGCUACAAGUUCGCCGGAACAAACGACAAUCAGUGUUGGUGCAACAAAGUCAUCAACCGCAACAACUCGGCUACCGCUGGUAUCCUGUCUCCCGCCGGUAUCGCCAGCUGUCAAGGCGGUUGUAGAGGAAAUCCAAACGCGAAUGAGGGCUGUCGAGCAAUCGAAUGGUUCAUCUCCAUCUACGAGUUUACUGUAAGUGGAUUCCUAAGAAAUGCCUGUGUGCCUAUGCUCUUGUUGCUCUGCUUUUUGUACGUGAUUUCUGCUGGGAGCGGGGAGCGACCGAGCGCUCGGUGUAGGAGGGAACUGGUGGGGACCAGGUUGAAGAGAUGGCGAUAUACGAGUGGGAGGGGCGGUGCUGGAGAUGCCCUUAUGUCGGGACCCAGGCGACUCGAACCUUUACUCUCUGUUCUCGGCAUCUACAGAGUCGAUACAGGGACAAUACGACGGUUUCACACAAAUACACCAAGAACAUAUCGCCAAAACGAUCAUCCCUCAUCCUCCAACAAUAUCUCCUCGCCUUCGAUGUCUCACUUCUCUUUCCACAUCUCAUCACCCAUCUUUCAAGUGCCUUAA